CCUCCCCUCCCCCAGCCCGGGCGAUGCGCGCGCGCGCGGCCAGCGGCGUCUCCUCAGAGCGGCCGCGGCGGGGACGGCGCUGAGGGGCCUGGGCCGGCGGCGGCUCCGGAGCGCGGCCGAGCGGGCGGCGCCUCGUUUCCUCCCUCCCGCAUCCUCCUCCGCGCCCCCCGCCCGCCUCUUCCCCCGCCUCCGCCCGCCCCCCCCCCACUCUCCGCGGUUCCCGGCACGGACAACAUGGCGGCGGUGUCGGGGGCCGGGGCCGCGGGCGGCUCUGCCAGCGCUGGGGGCCCGGAGAUGGUGCGGGGCCAAGUGUUCGACGUGGGGCCGCGCUACACCAACCUCUCCUACAUCGGCGAGGGGGCCUACGGCAUGGUGUGUUCGGCCUAUGAUAACGUCAACAAAGUUCGAGUUGCUAUAAAGAAAAUCAGUCCUUUUGAGCAUCAGACGUACUGCCAGAGAACUCUGAGAGAGAUUAAGAUCCUACUGCGCUUCAGGCAUGAGAAUAUUAUUGGAAUAAAUGAUAUUAUCCGAGCUCCAACUAUUGAACAAAUGAAAGAUGUAUACAUUGUGCAAGAUCUCAUGGAGACAGAUCUUUACAAGCUCUUAAAGACUCAACACCUCAGCAACGACCACAUUUGUUAUUUCCUGUACCAGAUUCUGAGAGGGUUAAAAUAUAUCCAUUCAGCCAAUGUGCUUCAUCGUGACCUCAAACCUUCGAAUUUGCUGCUUAACACCACUUGUGAUCUCAAGAUUUGUGACUUUGGACUGGCUCGUGUUGCAGAUCCAGAUCAUGAUCACACAGGAUUCUUGACAGAAUAUGUGGCCACACGUUGGUACAGGGCUCCUGAAAUCAUGCUGAAUUCUAAGGGUUACACCAAGUCUAUUGACAUCUGGUCAGUAGGCUGUAUUCUGGCAGAGAUGCUCUCCAACAGACCUAUCUUUCCAGGAAAACACUACCUUGACCAACUUAACCAUAUCCUUGGUAUACUUGGAUCCCCUUCCCAAGAAGAUUUGAAUUGUAUAAUCAAUUUAAAGGCCAGAAACUACUUGCUUUCCCUACCACACAAAAAUAAGGUACCAUGGAACAGGCUGUUUCCGAAUGCUGAUCCCAAAGCACUCGAUUUGUUGGAUAAAAUGUUGACCUUUAAUCCUCAUAAGCGGAUUGAAGUGGAGCAAGCUUUAGCCCAUCCGUAUCUGGAGCAGUAUUACGAUCCGAGUGAUGAGCCUGUAGCUGAAGCACCCUUCAAGUUUGAUAUGGAGUUGGAUGACUUGCCGAAGGAAAAGCUGAAAGAACUGAUUUUUGAGGAAACUGCUAGAUUCCAGCCAGGAUAUCGAUCUUAAAUUGUGCAUAGGACAAGGACUUAAAGGACUGGGCGUGCUCAAACGUUGCUGUUCCUCUUCCCAGUUCUUUAUUGUUGGUCAUGUCUUGUGGCCUCUCUCAGCUUAUCCACUAACUCCUUUGAGCCAUUCAGGAGGGCAGUUCCUGGUAGUUUUGGCUUUUCAUGCUUUCAAUGAAUCUUUUAAGCCUGAAGAAUUGUAAUUGACACUCCUAUGCGUAAUGCCCAUUGUUGACCUGUUGCAGUACUGUACUGUAAGUGCACCUACUGCUGGCCGUAUUUUAACUGCUUGCUUUCUGGUUUGAAAGAUGCAGUGGUUCCUUUCACUCCUGGCUCAGUAUCCAAGAAGAUAACUCAUUAACCUGUAAGAAGUUUACACCAUGAACUAUGUUCUUCUGACUUUACUGAAGUCGCUGGCAUUUUUUUUAGAAAAGCUACUAUUCAGGGCACUUUAAGUCAGUGACAUCCCAGAUUUUUUUUGCACUUCCUUUUUAAAUAGAAAUGGUUAGCAUCCAGCGGAGUUUAUACCGUUUGCUAUGGAUCACAGCAUAAGUCCUGUUCAUGUUAAUCUCGCUUAUGCACUUGUUUGGGUGUCCUGUGCUGUACACACAGGUAUUCUAUACAGCGUAAGAGCCACAUGGGAACCCAACUUAAUUGAAUUCAUCUAAGAACCAUUUUUUCCACAUAUUGACAAAAUUUGUACUUUCUUCUCCCUGCCUUUUCUAAAAGAGAUCACUUAAAGUUUAACCAUGUUGGAGGCAUAGUACUUCCAAAGUUCAUAGCGCGUAGUAGCGUUCAUAAGGCUUGUGCAAAGAGCAUGAGUGGCAGCUCGCCAACUUCUAUUUACUCACCGUGCGGUGGAAGAUUAACAAAGAACAUAAUGGUGGCGUGAUGACCUAAUGGUGAAUGCUUUUCUCUGUGGAAGGCAUCCAUAUGUGGUGGCAAGCGAGAAACCAAAAUAUGAUGUUAAUAAACUCAGUCUACACACUGCAUACCAAUGAAACGCUUCAAAUGAGGAUCGAUAGUUUUCACAUUUGACUCUAAUCACUGAUGUUCAGAAUUCUUGCAGAGAGGAACACUGCAUCUUUAAAUGAGAAAGUUUGAUUUUACUUUUGCUCCUACAGCAUGUCAGCAUCUCAAGUUCAUUUCUUGCAACCUACACUAUGGUGAUUUGUAAUCAAGCCUCCAUGAGCUCGUGACAUGAAGUACUGUUCUGUUGUCAAGUACUAUCAAACUUUUCUGAUAAUGCUGAGUUAGGACAACCAAACAAAGCUAGCACUAAAUAAUGUUUAAAAUUGUAUACCUUUUAAUGAUCUUUUCAAGUAUUUGUUACUGAAAUUGUAUAAUGUGGAGUUUACUAGGUGUUAUGUUCCAGUGCAGUGCCUCCUUUUCUUUCCCCACUGCUCUCUGUGGUGAGAAAUUUGCCUUGUUUAAAAUAAUUACUGUGCCCUCGCAUGACUGUUAAAGCUUUCUGUGCAAAGAUGAUUGUCUAAGUGCCACAUGCCUAUGAUUGAGAAAAAAAAUAAUCUAUUGUUACCUCUGAGUUGUGUUCAACUGAAAUGCUAUUCAACAAAUAACUUAGGAAAAAUAGUUCUAUUUUUAGCUUUUCAUAUCUCUGCUGUCUUUUUCUCAUUUUAUUUUGGCAGCAGUGAAGAAUGGAUUGUAUAAAGACUGCUUGCUAAUAUGAACAAAAUGCACUUGUAAUUCCUGGAAAUAAAUUUAAAUCUUAUAUCUUCACAUUAACAUUAAGAAUUAGUUUUUGGUUUCCUCUUGGGUAAUGUGUUUGAAUGGAAAUCAGGUUCAGUUGCUCCUGUAGUCUAGAAGGAUGCUGCUGGUUAUAACUCCAGGCUUCCUCUUACCAGUUAGUCUGCUCUUCAAAGAAAUCUGGAAAGCCAUUAACUCUCAGACUUCUAUAGAUAAGGGUGCUUACAAGAUUCCAUUUCAGAAUUUUCUUUUUCCUAUAGUUUAAGUGUUAGUCUGCCAAAACUAAUUUUUAACAAGCAAGGGUUCACCAUGAAAGGGCAUUUUCUAUUAGGAAGUUCCUGUGGUACAUAAACCUCUGUUGCGGGGAACAUCUUAGGAGCAUUGUCAGGACACUGCACAGGUGAUCAUCGAAUCGGGGUAUGGAACCUAUGCUGAAAACAUUUCUAUAGACAUAUGCACUUGACUGUUGAUACUAGUGUAGAAAUUUCUCUUGACAUUUCUACACAUCCUUACCAAAAUGCUUUUCUCACUCAGUUUUGAGAAGUUGAAAUAUUUCUAGAAUCUCUGCUACUUGUACGAUCAUCAUUACUACAGGAACCAUUUUUGGCAUGGUUGGGAAGAUGACUGUUACUGAAAUUAGUUUGUAACACCUCAGUUUUAAUUUAUUAAGGAAGAAGUUUGGCAGCUGACUUCACCCUUCUCUUUCCCAAUUAUUUUUUUAAUACUUUCUUUCAUUUUGGGUUUUUGGGGAGGUGUAGACUUACCCUUGCAUUCUGCCUCCGAGCGAGAAGCCGAGGGUUUGCUUUACCUGACAUCUGGUGCUUUCGGGCUUUCUUCCUUAGCUCCUCUCGCUGAAUCCGAUGGGCGUCUGCCAGUAUCAGUAACCACAUUCAUCACUCUUACUGAAUUCAGUAACCAUCGUUGGGUUGAAUCUGUUGAUGUGUCAAAUGCAGAAGCAUGAUUUUUUUUUUGUUUGUCAGAUUUUGAAAAUAGUUUAAAAGAAGGUGCCUAUAACAACACUGUGUUAGGUCAGUUAUUUCAUCAUUUUACGUUGAUCUUUUUCUUUUCUUUAUGUAGUUUUUGUAUUUUAGAGCGGAGAACAGCAACUCUUGAUCGAAGUAACGUGCAUAUUUCAUGGUAAAGAUGUUUUGGGAAUAAGGAAUGUAAACAGUUCACUGUCAAAAACAUUCCAACCUUACAGCUGAAGAAAAAUAUGCAAACGUAGAAUUCUCACGGAUGCUUUGGCAAAUAAGCGUCUUGCUCUGCUGCCCUGACUGUUGCCAGGCUCCUCCUCCCAGUGGCGCCCGGUCCAUGGAACCCUGGCACUCGCCGGGUGGGCUGAGGGUGCGGGCGCUGGGCGCUGCCGGCGGCGAUGGCACCACUCGGCAGUGGCCAGACAGAGCCCGAGGAGUCGAGCGGGGUUUUCCCUACAGAAUGAGGAAAAGAAAAACCUGAUGUUGCUGCCCACUGUAAUAUCUACGAUAUAUUUAUACCAUGUCGAAGUUGUUUGCUGAGCAACUGUACUAUAGAUUUAAACUUUAUUAAUAUAUAUUUGCUUCUGUUAGUGUAGUUUAUAUAGUCCUUGGUUAUUGAUAAAUUUAUUGUGUUGUUACAGCACCGUGAUAUGGUAUAAAUAUAGGUCUAUAUGUACCCACCAUAUACUCAUGAAUUUGGUCCCUUGCAUAGUACUUUUAUAUUUGUACAGCGAUGUCUUCAAGCAAUCCCAGAUUUUAGGGGAAAUAUUUUUGUAAACGCAGUGGUUUAAACAAAAAAGUCCAAACAAUCCUUUUACUAAGUUUUAAAUACAUUUGUGGUUCAAAAUGGUUUAGUUAACGAUUGAAGUCAAGACACUAAAUUAGUGAAAAGUGCACAUUAGUAAAGUGAAGUUACGGUGGUUUUUGUAGCACGUGCUGUGAUCAGACGAAGUGAAACGGAGGAGACGUAACGGUUGGACUACCUUUGUAAAUCUAGAACAAAUUUCUAAAGGUUGCAGCUGGUUUACUUACUAUUGUUGCCUUUUCUUGUGUUGUAUCGGUGUAGAGCACUCUUAAACUACUCAAACUGCUUUGUCUUUGCUUUGUACUGUUGGUGCCUUCUUAGUCAUGUAUCCCACAAGUCCCGCAUAGCUAAUUUAGUUAAUGGUAAGUUUAAAAUAAAAAAAGCAAAGGAAGAUUUUAUAAAAAAAAAAAAUAAAUCAUUUUCUGUAUGUUCUUAUUCAUUGUAACAAUUAAACGUUUAUAUUGUGACAGAUUUGUGAUUUGGUUAAUCUGUAUAGAUCAAUUGUAAGUAGCAAAGGUUUAUAUUUCGUCUUAUUCUUUUGAUGUUGUAAAAGUAUGUGAUUUUCUUUUUUAAAUCAGGUAACUUAAUGUUCUGUUUUGUUUUUGGCAUCUGAAUCUUGUAAAAACAAAUGCAAAGAAAAUCAUUAAAUUGUGUCCCUGUGUUACCAAAUCAGCAUAGUGCUGUGCAUGUAUAGAAUGCCUGGAAUUCUGCUUUAGAAUGAACUGCUGUUUGCUAAACCCUAAACGCAGGGACGUGCAUCGCAUCGGCUUCUCUGAACACCACUGUCACCCGAACGCUCGACAGUGAGCAGCUGAUGCUCAACAUCUGUACGCACACAAGUGUGCUCGUUCCGCUCUAGGAUUAUACCAGCUUGAAAUUAAAUGAGGGAAACCACGCAAAGAAACACAGGUGAAGUUUCCUUAUAGACGGGCGGCAAUGUUUUAUCUUUGGUGCAAGAAAGUUAUGAAACCAUCAGUGUUUUGAACUGUUGAGCACAGAGUAAUGCAAAUAGAUUCCAGUGCAGCUGAUGAUUCACAGGCUUUUGACACUCGUCGUAUUGAUAUUCAUAUAGCUAUCGCCCUGCUCCCAGGGAACUGUGAAAAUAAUUACUUGAGCAAUCCUUAGAGACCAAAUGUUUUCAUUUUACUACAGAAAGGUUCUUCUCGGGCCAAGGGUUUGAAAUGUAGGAUUUCUGGGAGCAACGCAAGUAACCUUACAUCACUGGAACGGGCUUGUCAUGAUUUUUUUGCUUGUUUGGGUUUUAGCCUAAAAUCAGACUGUGCCAAAGAACUGAGCUCUUAAAAGGUGUAGUUGGAUAAUGGAUAACGGCUGCCAGAAACUUCUCUAAUUAAUACGAAAACAUAGAAAAUGUGACCUGAGAGUAAAGAGAGCUUAGCUGUAACUGACAGGUCUGUAACGAGACUGAGAGUUGGCAGAUGAUGUAAUUUUUCCCCAGAAUAUUAUGGAAUGUCAGUUUUUCCAUGGAUUGGUUUAUGCGUGUUCUUUUGUUGACUGUAGCUGCCUCUCGCUUCCUUUGUUCCCUCCAGCAGCGCGUACCUCGGCCAGGAGCUGCACAGUGCGACGGCUCCGCGGAGGCUUUGACAGCCGCCGAUCGACUUAACGCUCUUGUAAUCUGUGUUUAAGGUGCGCUAGUUUGAAAUAUCUUGCCCGUUUCCUGUAUUUCACCAGAAUUGGACCCAGUCCUCUCCAUCUGUAAGCCUUGAGUAUAACGGGCGCUCUUGACCUGUUGGCUCAGAGGCUGCGGCCGUGGGCCUUGCUCUGGGCGUGUUGGGAGGGAGCCCCUGAGCUGAGCUGCUGGCGCCGGGGAUGGUGCGCCCAAAUACUGGUGGAGGCGGCUGAGGAACGGCCCUUGAGCGCGAGCCGCGUUACGGGGAGAGACAUCAGUGUAGGUUUGAUGGCAUCGAGCUUUGUAGAGCUCUGACCCGGGACUUUCUCUGCAGACCAAAGAUGUCGGCUUCUGUGUUGUGUACGUUUCAUUUUCAGUUGUUCUAUGAAAUUGCACGUAUGGAACACUUGAUGGGCCUAAAAAAUAAGAAAAACAUUUGAGGCAUAUAGAGGACAGAAACAUCGUCACAUCAACGCGCGCCGUGUCUGUUGAUGUGUGUCUUGCUCUGAUGUGUCUUCCCCACCUGUGGAACUCCUCAGCCAGCUCCAGGAGAGCCCUAGAGCUUGAGCUCCGGUUCCAAAGGUGCCGUUGGUGAGUGCGAAACAACAUCCUGGUGCUCUGCCGGGUGCCAGAGGCUUCACCCCCCAUCAUUUGCGCAGUGUGCGUGUGAAGGCCACUCUUGGAAUGGCCCUGUAACCCCUCUAAAUUACUCACUGACCACUUUCCUUCAGGUGUUUCCAGAACUCUGCCUGUUUUUUCAGUAUAUCUUGCUAUUGAUGAUUUACUUUUCUCUUAGUCUUCCUGUUUAAAGUGAGUCUAAAGUCCCAGUUGUUCCAAAAAUCUUUCGUCUAUAGGAUUCAUGGGCUUUCUGAUGAUAACCAACAGAUUAUUGAUGCCAUUAGUCAGGCUGGUGUAAACCCAGCGAAGAGGGAGGCGAGAAGCUGGACGGUCUUGUGAGGCUCCUGCUGCUGGGAGCAGCCUGUGCCCCGGGGGCUCUGUGUUUCUGGGAAGGCGACACAAAAGCAGAUGCAGGGAACAGAAAGGAGCGGCGCUUUUGGUUCACGCAUGCCCAGCUCCUCCAGGUUACUUUGCUUUUUGACUCCAAAUCUUGAAAUACCACGUGAAUACUGAAAGCUUCCUGCUGCUUCCCUUAGUUUGCCUCUCAUCUUCCUCUCAACGCGCGCAUACGGCGCCCGUUUUCCUGACCUUCCCUUUCCAUCCAGCCAAAGAGCGUGGCAGAGAAACGGGCACUUGAUAGAGACGUAGCUUAUGUUUGUACUUAGAGGCUGGAAAAGGACCCCGAAAGGAUUUUAUUUCUGAUUUCCCAGAAAAGGGCAAGAAAUACCUUGACAGCAUGUUGGGUUUGCAGCACUCUCUCAUCUAAAAUUACAGAGUUAAAUAUUGGUUUAUCUUGCGAGUGUUUCCGUGAGUUUGGGCGGCGCUCAGGCGUAUCAGCCGUGGCUGCAGCACUCCCCGUCUCUCCCAUCGCUGCCUGGGCCGGGCUCCGGCCGAGUGCCCGUGCUCCAGCCACGCUCCUCUGCCGCGGGGCUGGCGCUGGCCGGCUCCUCUGCUGCGGCUGACUCCGGCUUCGCUGCUUUGUUCUGGCUCUUCUUUAGCUGGCGUAGUGGUACGUUACCUGCAGUCUCACACCUUGACUUUCGUUUGCUUUUUUAAAAUUUUUUCCUUCUGUGAAGCUGCGCCUGGGUCACGGCUGAGCUGCCCGGAGCUGGGCCCUGGGGGGAGGCGCCGCGCAGGAACCCCCCGUCCCGCUUCAACGCUGGCCACGAAUGCACAACCCAGAAAUAACAAUGGAAAACUGUAGUCUCACUAGCCAUGGUGCGUGCUGCAGCGUGUCUGAAAACUGUUUCAAAAUUCAGGCUUUUCUAGCAAAAAAAAUUAUAAAACCCGAAGCUGUAAGAGAAUGCCAUAGAAUUUUUUUAAAUUUGCUAUUACUAAAGGACUUGAGAUGCACCUUCUAGGGUUUUGUUGUUGUUGUUAGGUCCCACACUAAAUGGCUUGUUCUGAGGAUGUUUUUCUGCCUUAAAACUGCAAAUGCAAAAAUGCUGAAUAUUGAGAAUUUUGGCUUGAAGGGAUUACAGCACAAGAGAGCUGAACAGUUCAGGGGAAGGGCUUUUAGUCAAGCCUUUCUCCUAGUUCUCCUUUAAUUUCAAUGGCUAGUACUUGAGAGGAAAUUUUGACUAAAAAGCCUUUCUGUAUUCCCGGAGGUGUUAAACUCACAAAUAUUCUAACUUGUAGGUGAGACAUUGUAGACUCGAGUUCAAACUUUAGACUUUUUAAUGCACUCUGUGUUUUUAAAAAGCUUUUUGUCAGUUUUUGUACAUGUCCAUGCUUACACAGGCUUUUUGAGGAGGUGUGUCGCGGGUACGGAGGGAACACGGAUGCCGCAGCCCAGCCGGCGCGCUGCGCGGUGCCGCAAUGGAUGCUGUUGGUGUCACGGAGCUCCGUGUCCAGCUCCGUGUUUGCUCCCACAGGCGGCAGAGGCGCCGCACGCCAGAGAGAAGCGUGGGCAUUAAAGAAAAAACCAACUGUGGUCAUUUCGUAAGCAUUCUUUUGUAACUAGACUUAAUUUAUAAACUUGUUUUUGCGGGUAUGUUUGGUAUUUUGGGAGAACUGCAUUAAGCUGUUUUUACAGCUGACGUGGUGACAUUUCUCUAAGUAGAAACCGCUGUUGUUCCAGCAUGGCGAAGGUCUGCAUAAUUCCUGUGUGCUCGACUUAAUCACUGGUUUUCUUCUUGUGACAAUUAAUGGCAUUGUACCAAAAGCAAUAUAUCCUGUGUGUAGUUGGUAGGGGAAAUAAUUACUACUGUGCAGCUUUUAUUUUCAUUGUCUUUCCAGCGCUUGCCACUAGCAUGGAUCCUGUGCAUUGACAGUUCUCCAGGCUAUUAAAGAUGUCUGGGGGGAAAAAAAGGUCUUGUACAACACUUGUGUGCUUUCUGGAAGCUGCUGCUGUACUGUGAAGCAGAAAAGGGUUGCACCUGAUGCUGCAUUAAGCUUAUUUUCUUCCGAGUCUUGCCAUGAGAAUACAUCUAGAUCUAGCACGUUUCUCCGGAAUUGCUCCUCCACGUCUUUCCUCUGGAGAAAGGCCCAGGCUCAACACCAGCAUCGUUAGAGCCGAGGAUUGUAAAAGCGCGGAAGGGCUUUUUUCUCUGCUUGAUUGUGGGAUUCUGCGAAGCUGUGCUCAGCCGCGUUAGGUCACGGCGCUGUAAAAAGACGUGUGGGAUGCUGCAAUGGGCUUUGCUCACCAACCACUUAACUCCAGACCAGAUAAGACUGCGCGGGCGAUGCGCGGGGACUCUCUGUUCUUGUGUCCUGACCCCGGGAGCGAUUCUGCGCUGCUGGCUCUGCAAGCAAACCGGCCCUGGGGCUCUUCCCUUCAAAGCGGGAAGAUUUGGUUUUCCUUUCUGGGUGCUCAAAAGGGCAAGAUACUAACACAGUUUUCUCCCCACCACUUGCAUUUGGCUGCCAGCGGGUACCGUUCAUGAGACUAAAGUGUCACUGCACGAACAUUUUAAUGCUGUAGAAAUUACAGGGCUGAAGAACUUGCUCUUCUCAAUGUGUAUAUUCCUCCUCGCUUUCAGAGUUUGUAGAAAAAUACCUACUUUUGGUUAUAACUGAAUAGCGUUUCUGGGUUCUCUGUGCACAUUUUUCGCUGCUGCCUCCUCUUCUUAGAUGUGACUUAUUUUACUGCUAACGGUGUUAUAAAAACUGUAGUACUACAGGUGUCAUGUGGUAACUUGUAAAUAAAAUUACUGUAAACACGUGGUCAGGUUA